AGGAAGGGCAGCCUCCUGCUUGGCUCUUCUGCUUUACUUUGCACUGCGGCUUGGGCAGUUCUUGGGACGCCUUCAGGUCACAAAUCCUGAGGACUGGGCCCUCCUUUUUCAGAGCUCUGUGGAUUUUGUCACCAAAUUGGAAAACUCAGUUGAGCUCACAGUGGCAACAGAAGCAGCCUGGGUUGCUGUUUGUUCCUUGUUGAGCUCUGAAAAGCCCCCUUUGAACAACAGUUCAGGUUGGAUAUUAGGAGGAAGUUUUUUCCCCCAGAGGGUGGUGAGGCACUGGCACAGGUUGCCCAAGGAGGCUGUGGAUGCCCCAUCCCUGCAGGCAUUCAAGGCCAGGCUGGAUGUGGCUCUGGGCAGCCUGGGCUGCUGGUUGGCGACCUGCACACAGCAGGGGGUUGGGACUGGAUGAGCACUGUGCUCCUUUGCAACCCAGGGCAUUCUGUGAUUCUGUGAUUGUAGAACUCAAUCCGGAUAAUCAACAUCUGUGAAAGUAACAGUUUAAAAACACUUUCGUUUUCAUUUUUCUGCCAGGGACGUUUUUCUAUUUCCUACCACAUGGAUGUGAGCUUCUCUAAGGAAUGUAGAAAAUUCAUUUUCAUAGUUGUUAUUGCAGAAUCACAAAAUGGUUUGAGUUGAUGGACCUCUAAAGGCCAUCCGGUCCAACUCCCCUGCAAUGAACAGGGCUGGGGUGCAGCUGGAUGGCAGCUGGACAUGGGGCAGCACUGACCCCCACCGCACCCCCCAUGUCACUGAUUCGUGCACAGGAGACGUGGCUGCACAGGGCCAGGUGAGCUGAGAGGCUCUCAAACAGCCCCACGCUGCCACGUGCCCCACCUCGAUUUCCCUUUGCCACACCACAGCUCAAACCCAGAACUGACACAGCUUUGAAGCCUGAUGGAAGUGAGUUCUGCAGUGAUUUGCUCUCGGUCUCAGUUAAAUGUGCUUAAAAACACAGAGUUGAGAACCCCAAUGGAUGUGUGAGGAAAUUCCAAGGAGGCUGUGAGCAGCAUGCGGCCAGCAAGGCGUUAGGGCAACAGGAGCACAAAAAAAAACUGUCCAGGAGAUGGAGGUUUUUCUUCAUGCAUCAAAGCAAUGCUGGGGGCUUCGUUUGCUCUUCUAUUGGUUUUGCUUUUAAGCCAUGGGUUUUUCUACAAGAAGAAAAAGGCUUUGGGGGAAUUGCAGCGCACGACGAUCCAAACAAACGCACUGUCCACUAGGCAGACACAGAAAUUGUUGCUGUUUUGUUGAUGUGGUUUCCAUUUCUGGCAAUUGCUACCCCAUCCUCCCAUGGUUGCUUUGUUUGUUCUUUCACAAGCUUGUUCUGGUUUUGGUGCAAACCAAACUAAAGCUCAUUUUCAUGGCACGGCGGAUGUGUGCCCCAGGACCGACUCCUGCCCAGUGUCUCCUCCACGAACCUCCCUCAGAUGCAAGUCCUGGCCAAGAAGGCAGCAGUUGUUUCCUGUAAGUGGGUGGGAGAGGAGGAACAAGGAAAGAACACGGCCACACCCCCAUGUAAUUACAGCUGCGCAAUGGGAGAAGGAAGCCAGGCGUGCACAAGGUGGCACCUGGAGGACGGUGGCCAGCGGUCAAUGGCUGCAUGUGUGGAUGGAGAUCAGGGACAAGCGGUAGCCCUCCGGGGUCCGUGCUGGGACUGACGCUCUUUAACAUCUUCAUCAGUGACACUGAGAGUGGGAUUGAGUGCCCUGUCCGUGCAGGCAGCCAAGGUCUGGCUGGAUGGGCUGUGAGCACUGCUGGGCUGCGAGUGUCCCUGUGCUCUGCAGGGGAUGGACUGCACGGCCUUCGGGGGUCCCUUCCAACACGGUUCUGUGAUUCUAUGAUUCUCUGACCUGUUACAAAUGAGAAGUGGCUGGAAGGCGUGUGCACCUGCAGCAUCACGCUGCUGUGAUCUCACUGCACUCGGGCCCAUGCUGUGCCCACUGCCCACACGGCGGGACGUGAGGAAAUAUGCGGAUACCUGCUUCCCUGUGCCAGGAGCUGGGUGAGAGGCAGCUCACGGCAGGAGGGCAAAGGCUCCUGGGACCUGGGGGCAUUGCAGGUGUCCCGACACAAGAGCGGGAACACCUCAAAGAGCAGCAGACUGGAACAGCCCCAAAAGCAGAAGGGCUCCUCCACUUGACACGUGCACAAGAACCCACUGCCAUGGGCACUGCAGGUGCUGGCAGCUUAAAGGACAUCAAAAGAAGGCUGAUAAAUCACAGAUUUAUCUAUUAUCAAAGGGAGAAAAUCUCUCAGGGAAGAAGCUCUGGUGUCACAAAAGAGUUGAGAACCCCAAUGGAUGUGUGAGGAAAUUCCAAGGAGAGGGCAGGAGCUCCAGAGCAUCCAAUGUGUGCAGAGAGGAGGCAGGCACAGGGCAGAGCCUGGAAGCAAAAGCGAGAUGGGCAUAGAAUCAUAGAAUCAUAGAAUCACAAGGUUGGAAACGACCUAUAAGAUCAUCCAGUCCGACCGUGUCCUCAUCACCAUUGCCACCACCAGCACUAAACCACAUCACACAGCACGUCAUCCAGGCGCCUCUUGAACACUACCAGGGACGGCAACUCCACCACCUCCCUGGGCAGCCAUUGCAGUGCCUGACCACUCUGAGAGAAGAAGUUCUUCCUUAUGUCCAACCUAAACCUCCUCUGAUACAACUUGCAGCCAUUGCCCCGUGUCCUGCUCGUUGCCUGGGAGAAGAGGCCAAAUCCCUCUUCACCACAACCUCCCUUCAGGAAGUUGUACAAUGCAAUGAGGUCUCCCCCGAGCCUCCUCCAGAAGAAACAGGGCAGAAUAGAGUGGGGGGAUUGAAAAAGCAGGAGAGUGGCACAGCCAUGGGCAGGAGCUGGGAGUGGGGAACGGGCCCGUGGUACAGGGGUAAAAGCAGGCACCUGCCUGUUUUGGCCAGCCUUGGCACUAGGGAGGCGCACGGCCCUCUGCCUGCAUCAGGAGCCCGGGCUGUGGCAGCGCCCAGGUGGGUAAGCAAGGUGGGCAGGAGCUCCAGCCGUACCCUUGGUGCCCAUGAGCAGAGCCCCAGGCUGCCCUGGGGCUGUGCUGGGAAUGCUGUGUCAGCCUCACUGGAGGAAUCCAUUGCUGCUGAAGUUCUGCUUACUUUGGAAACCCACUCGAAGCGAAAACAAGCUUGCUUUCAUUUCCUUCCUCAUUCUAUCCUUUGCGAGUUGGCAGGGAUGCUGGGGUUUUCCAGAGCCAUAAACUCCUGCAUGUUGUAACCUGCAGCAUUCCCCCUAGCUGCCCAGGGCCCAAAGCCACAGACACCCCCCAGGUGCCCAGCAUGGGAGGCUCCACGCCUUCCCUUGCCACUUACAGCUGCCAGAGCAGCUUUCAUUUUCGUUUUGUUUUCCAUUAGGUUUGCAGCAGCCGUGCAGCUCUGCCCUCUCCGUGCGGCAGGAGCGGGUGCCGGCCCUGCAUAGCGGUCGCAUCCAGAGGAAGCGGAGGCUGUGGCUGUGCGUGCUUGAGCGCUGCUACGCCCGCUGCCCUCGGCGCAGACAUCGCGGUGCCGAACAUCACGGCCGCACCUCGAUGCCCCAGGAUCCGUCGACAAGGAGCAGCCCUGCUGCCCUGCUCGUCCCCGAGCCCCGCGCGGGGCGGGCACAGCAUGCGGCAUGCGUGCUGCUGGCUGUGUGCUUCGUGGUGCUGCUCCUGACUGGGGAGCCCCUGAUGUCCAUCACCCACCGUGCCUGCACCCAGCUGGCGGCCAUGCAGCUCGGGGUGCUGCUCAAGGGCUGCUGCUGCCUGGCAGAGGAGAUUUUCCACCUGCACUCCAGGCACCACGGCAGCCUCUGGCAGAUGCUGUGUGCCUGCUUUCCUCCACGCUGGCACCUGGCCCUGCUCCUUGUCAGCGGCUCAGCCUACCUGGACCCUCAAGAGGACGACGGGCACAGCCCCCGCCUCACCCUCGCCUGCCUGUGCCAGCUGCUGGUCCUCACCCUCGGGCUGCAGAAGCUCUCAGCGGUGGAGGUGUCAGAGCUGACUGAGAGCUCCAAGAAGAACGUUGCUCACGGCCUCGCCUGGUCCUACUACGUCGGCUACCUGAAAAUAGUUCUGCCACGCCUGAAGGAGUGCAUGGAAGAGAUCAGCAGGGCCAACCCCAUGCUGCAGGCACACCGCGACGCCUGGAAGCUCCACAUCCUGGUCCCACUGAACUGUGACAUCUGGGAUGACCUGGAGAAAGCUGACAGCAACAUCCAAUACCUGGCAGACCUUCCUGAGACCACCCUGACCCGGGCAGGCAUCAAAAGAAGAGUCUACAGACAGAGCCUGUAUGUGAUCAGGGAUAAGGACGACAAGCCCAGGCCCUGCGUGCUGGAGUUUGCGUCCCCGCUGCAGACGCUGUUCGCCAUGGCGCAGGAUGAGUGCGCAGCCUUCGGGAGGGAGCAGCGGCUGGAGCAGGCGCGGCUGUUCUACAGGACGCUGCGGGACAUCCUGAGCAGCUCCAGGGAGUGCGCGGGGACGUACCGCCUCAUCGCCUAUGAAGAACCGGCAGAGGCCGAGAGCCACUUCUUGUCCGGGCUGAUCCUCCGGCACCUGCAGCAGCAGCAGCGCGAGGAGUACGUGGUGCACGAGGAGCAACCCCUGGGCACCGGCUCGGUGGAGCUCAGCCUGCAGGUCAGCUCCUCUGACCUGCCCCAGCCUCUGCGCAGUGACCGCCCCUGAGCCCGGCGCUCCCUGGCACCCGGGAGCCUGCAGCCCCGUGGCCGUUCGCGUUGUGCAUUUCUCGUGUACGCACAAGAAUGUGUGGUGUGUGCUAA